UCUCGGACACUUAAUUUAUUGCUGGCUAUAACAUCGUUGGAAUAUUUCAAUGCUGAAAUUAUGUGAUAUUCCUAACUACAUGUGGCACAAGACAUAUCACAAAUUAUUGUCGCACUUGUUUUUUCCUGAAAGUGAUAUUAGCAACCACAAAAGUCAAAAUUAGGGGCCACCUUCACCUUAUUUAACGACCUGGACAUACACGCAGAAAGGCAAGAUGUCAUACAAUAACCAUCUCCAAUUCUCCACCUCCUUGCUCAACAAUGAACAUCAAGAGGACAUGGCAGCUCUUGAUGCUCCAUCUUCUCACUCAUAUCCUCCUUUUCCUCACAUCCAGCUCUCAACCUACCAACAACGGCGAUCUGCCGGUGCUCCUGUCAUUCAAAUCCUUCAUAACCAGUGACCCAACACAGACACUGUCCUCUUGGACCUCGGACCUUGCUGGCAAUGGUACCAGCACAAAGGUGCCUGAUUUCUGCAAAUGGAUGGGUGUAACCUGCAGCGACCACCGGCACCCUGGCCGUGUCACCGCCAUACGCCUGCAGGGUUUGGGCUUGGUCGGCACCAUCUGCCCGCAGCUCGGUAACCUGACCCACCUCCGUGUCCUCAAUCUUUCCGCCAACAACAUGGAAGGUGAGAUCCCAGGCAGCAUCCGCCACUGUGCAGCACUUCGCACCAUGGACCUGAGGGUGAACUACCUUUCUGGCUCUGUGCCUGCUUCUCUGGGUCUCCUAUCAAAGCUCUCAUUUCUCAACAUCAACCAUAACAAUCUGACUGGUGAUAUCCCGAUGUCGUUCUCAAAUCUCACAUCCCUCACAAAGCUUAGCAUGCGGAAGAACCACCUCCAUGGCCAAAUCCCAAUCUGGUUGGGUAACUUGACAUCAUUGACACACUUGGAAUUAGCCCAGAAUGGCUUCACUGGCCAUAUCUCUCCAGAUCUAGGUAAGAUGGCUAAUCUUGUUAGAUUUGACGUCAUGGAUAACUAUCUAGAAGGCCCAUUUCCUCUAUCCAUGUUCAAUAUUUCUUCCAUCGCAGACUUCAACAUUGGCUUCAACCAGCUGUCAGGGUCUCUGCCACUUGAUAUUGGCUUUAAGCUUCCCAAGCUAAAUGUUUUCGCCACACAUCAGAACCAAUUCAAAGGACCAGUACCAGCCUCCUUGUCAAAUGCAUCCACACUUACAUAUUUGCUUCUUCGUGGAAAUCAGUAUCAUGGUCUGAUUCCACGGGAUAUUGGCAUUCAAGGUCAUCUGAGGUUAUUUUCGUUAGGAUACAAUGUGCUUCAAACCACAGAGCCUAGGGAUUGGGAUUUCCUCACAUCCUUAACCAACUGUAGUAACUUGGAAAUACUAGACUUUGAGGAAAACAACCUUGAAGGUGUUAUGCCAGUUACUAUUACCAACUUGUCUACAGAGCUCAACUGGAUUACUCUAGGUAGAAACAAAAUAUCUGGGACCAUACCUGCAGGAUUAGCGGUGUUUAAGAAACUUACCAAGCUCGUCCUCGCAGAUAGCCUUUUCACAGGCACCUUACCUCUAGAUAUUGGCCAGCUUCCUAGCCUCCAGUACCUUGACCUAUCCCAUAAUAGAUUUGAUGGGAACAUACCACAAUCAUUAGGCAACAUCACACAAUUGAGCAACCUCUCUCUAUCUAAUAACUUUCUGGAUGGGAGCAUUCCAACAAGCCUUGGCAAUCUCACAAAACUUACAUAUCUGGAUCUUUCCGGUAACUCCUUGAAGGGGAAAAUCCCACAGGAGAUACUUAGUAUUCCCUCUCUGACUGUACUUCUCAACCUCUCCAACAAUGUUCUAAGUGACUCCAUUCCAGCACAGAUAGGGAACUUGAAUAGCCUCAGCGCAAUUGACUUAUCAAUGAACAAGCUCUCUGGUGGAAUCCCAGACGCUCUCAGCAGUUGUGUCCUACUAAAUUUCCUAUACUUGCAAGGAAAUAUUUUGCAAGGGCAGAUCCCAAAAGGUUUGUCUAAUUUGAGAGGCCUUGGAAAAUUGGAUCUUUCUGAUAACAACUUAUCAGGAUCCAUACCUGAGUUCCUCGAGAACCUCAAAUUUCUAACGUACCUGAACAUCUCCGCCAACAACCUAUCUGGUCCUGUGCCUAAUACAGGUAUCUUUCGCAAUGCCACUAUACUGUCUCUGACAGGUAAUAGCAUGCUAUGUGGAGGUCCUCCGUUCUUGCAACUCCCUUCAUGCCCAUCAAUAGGUUCACACCAGACUUCGCAGUAUAGACGUCGUGUCAUACUCUUUUGCAUGCUUGGAACUUUGAUCUUCUUCAUUUUCUCCUUAACUGCAUGCUACCUCAUGAAGACAAGAAUCAAACUAGAUAGUGUUGAUCAAGAAGCCAGGUUUCACAAUGAGAAGCAUGAGAGGAUAUCCUAUGCUGAGAUAGAUGCAGCAACAGAGUCAUUCUCAGCCGCAAAUUUGAUAGGUUCUGGAAGUUCUGGCAAUGUGUACACUGGAACUCUAAAUAUUGAUGACAGUUUAUAUAUUGUAGCAAUCAAAGUUCUCAAUCUUGGCAUACGAGGAGCUAACAGAAGCUUCUUGAGAGAGUGUGAAGCCCUAAGGAAGAUUCGACACCGGAAUCUUGUCAAGGUGAUCACUGUUUGUAGCAGUUUUGACCAUAAUGGUGAUGAGUUCAAGGCACUUAUCCUAGAAUUUGUCUGCAAUGGGAAUUUAGAGGAGUGGCUGCAUCCAAACACAACGACGAACAGCAUGACCUUCAGAAGUCUAAGUUUGAUGGAAAGGCUGUGCAUUGCUCUUGAUGUUGCAGAGGCAUUGGAAUAUCUUCACCAUCAAAUUGAGCCAUCCAUAGUUCACUGUGAUAUCAAACCAUGCAACAUCCUUCUAGAUGAUGACAUCGUUGCUCACGUUACCGACUUUGGUCUAGCAAAGAUAAUGCAUACUAAAGAAUGCAAGCACAGUGGUGGUGGAACUGAAAGCAGCUCACUUGUGAUUAAAGGCACAAUUGGAUACGUCGCACCAGAGUAUGGCUCAGGAUGUGAGGUCUCCACAGACGGUGACAUAUAUAGCUACGGUGUGUUGCUGUUGGAAAUACUUACUGGAAGAAGGCCAACUGACAGUUUCACAGAUGGUGUGACAAGUCUCGUCAGCUACGUCAAGAUGGCCUACCCUACGAAUCUACUGGAAAUUCUUGAUGUUAGUGCAGCCUACAGCGGAAAGUCGCAGCAUAUCAUAGAUAUAUUAUUAUAUCCUAUGUUUAAGAUUGGUCUAGCUUGCUGCGAGGAUUCCCCAAGGCACAGAAUGAAGAUGAACGAUGUAGUGAAGGAACUGAAUGCCAUAAAGAAGGCAUGCUCCGCUCGUAUGCCUGUUCGUGGAUUUCGAGCAACGGCCUGAUCCGGACAAGAAAUGAAGUGUUGCAGUCAUAUCUGCAGCUCUGCUGUUGUCACUCCGUGGCAUCGUGUUUAGGGAAGCCUGCUUGCUGCGGUGAUUCCAAAGUCACCAUUUUACUUUCCAUUUUGUCAUCAGUUAUGUUUAUCUGUUUUCGUUUCUAGAAUAUGCAAGAGUCAUGGUGACCUUUUUUUUGUGGGACUUGGCGUCGUUGGCGACCAUUUUUCAUUGCAUAGAGACAGUGUUAUUUGUUCAUGAGUGAGUAUUCCGCAGGCAUAUGCUGUUUUGGAAAAUUCCACGGGCCUCGCUUUA